ACUACCCUUUUUACAGGAGCUCUCCACAGAAGAGGCAUCUGUCAAAUCGUGAGAAUUGCAUAAUAUACCGGUAAUGUUUUGGUAUUUAAGCAAAAUCUAUUCCAUGACACGUGCGUUCAACUUUGCAGAAAGGACAAUCAACACAAGAUGAGUGCUACAGAGAUCACCCCUUUGUUGGGGAACUCAACAUCUGUAAAAGAGGUGGACUUGCAAAAUGGCCUGUCAGCAAAAACAGGGGAAGCAGAAUUUUCAUUCAGCUCAGUUGAUAGGAGGCGCAAAUUCAUACUUGUAUCUAUGGCAUUUGUGAAUUUUUGUGCAGUAUGCAGUUUUUCCAUUCUUGCUCCUUUCUUUCCUAUAGAGGCAGGGCGAAAAGGAGCUUCCCAGACCAUUGUAGGAAUGAUCUUCGGAGUUUUUGAGCUGGUCAUUGUUAUUUCAUCACCAAUAUUUGGAAAUUAUAUUUCAAAGAUUGGUUGCAAGUUCAUGUAUGUCUCUGGAAUCAUGGUUUGCGGAGUUUGUGCCAUUCUUUUUGGAACAUUAGACAUGUCUCCAGAUGGGACAAUCUUCAUCGUGAUGUGCUUCCUGUGUCGGAGCGUAGAAGCACUGGGAUGCUCAGCGUUUGUGACAGCCCUGUGGGCCAUUCUAGCUUAUGAAUUCCCGGACAAUGUAACCACUGUCAUGGGAAUGUUGGAGACUUUUUCUGGUCUGGGUAUGAUGGUUGGACCUCCGAUAGGGGGUGCUUUAUACGAGCUUGGAGGCUAUGGAUUGCCAUUCUUUAUCCUGGGCUCUCUAGUCAUAGUGUGUGGCUUGCUCACGGCCUAUGCUAUGCCUGCCAUUGGUGAAGGGUCAAAACUGUAUGAAGGUUCAUUUUUUACACUCUUAAAAAGUCCACUUGUUUUGGUGACCUUUGUAAACAUAAGCGUGGGAAGUAUAGCUCUCGGAUUCAUGGAGCCUACAUUUGCUGGACAUUUAUCACAGUUUCAUUUAAAAACCUGGCUCUUGGGGUUAAUGUUUUUGAUCGCACCUGCCGUGUACGCCAUCACAGCCCCUUUGUGGGGAUACAUAUGCGAUAAAAAGGGCUAUAUUCGAUUGAUGAUAGCUGGUGGAAACAUUGUGGCGGUCUUUUCUUGGUUAAUAAUAGGACCAGCUCCAUUCCUGCCAUUUGUCCCAGACAAGCUCUAUAUAAACGGCAUUGCGCUGGUGUUGAUGGGCUUGGGGUUAGGAUGUGCGCUGAUUCCAACAUUUAAGGCGCUUUUGAUUGGAGCAAAUUCUCUUGGGAUGGAGAAUAAUCUUGACACGUAUGGGAAAUGCUCCGGCUUCUUCAACUCCAGUUUUGCAUUUGGAGCCUUUCUGGGUCCGACUAUAGGAGGGUUCCUAGUUGAUCAACUUGGUUUCCCAUGGGCCUCGUGUGGAAUAGCUCUCCUGCUAGGGAUUGGGGCUCUUCUUAUGCUUAUCUACAUGUGUCUCGUACGGAAACUUCCAUCACUCCCAGAAAAUCCUGUUUCCAUGGAUACAAAGACUCUCAAUCCAUAAUAAACCGGAUCAAUCUCCUGUCAGAACACCAGUGAAUUACAUUUUGGUUCCAGUGGAAACAUUAGAAACAGAGAUGAGAUAGUUUAGAAAUGAAUCAGCAGCAAUGAUACUCGGCUCAAUCACGGGUUGUUUUCCCUUAAUUAUCAAGCGGUCACUUGCAACUGUAUAUGAGCGGUCACAUGUAACUGUGAUUGUUGUGGACAAGAUCUUCAAGAGAAGAGAUGAAGCAAGUUAACUAGAAGUGAACCUUAUUUUAUGUUGCUUUAAAUGGUAUUAACCAGCAUAAUAAUACGCAUAAUUCUAAAAUACAAAUAGAACACAGUUCAAUUGAAAUUAAAGCGUGCAUCUACAUUUAAUCAUAUAAACUGGUUUCGUUUUGUGUCUGCUGAUUCAGCUGAGUAAUUCAUAAUGUUCUUAUGACAUGAAAGAGCCUUAAUAUAAUAUAUACCCAGUUGUUACUUAUCACAAUCUAAAUUCAUCCCAUUUCAACGGACCUUACUUUAACAUUGACCUUUAUCAAAUCUGGGCUUGAAAUCAAAAUAUGUACAGCCUAGCAAUGCAAUUGGGUGUUUGUGUUUAUUAAACAAAGAUUGAUGUUUAUGUUAUUUGUGUAUUUUUAGCUCAUCUAUUUUUUGAAAAAAAAUUAUGAGCUAUUGUCAUCACCUUGGCGUCGGCGUUGGCGUCCGGUUAAGUUUUGCGUUAAGGUCCACUUUUCUCAGAAAGUAUCAAUGCUAUUGCAUUCAAACUUGGUACACUUACUUACUAUCAUGAGGGGACUGGGCAGGCAAAGUUAGAUAACUCUGGCGUGCAUUUUGACAGAAUUAUGUGCCCUUUUUAUACUUAGAAAAUUGAAAAUUUUGGUUAAGUUUUGUGUUUAUGUCCAUUUUAUUCUUUAAGUAUCAAAGCUAUUGCUUUCAUACUUGCAACACUUACUAACUAUCAUAAGGGGACUGUGCAGGCAAAGAUAUGUAACUCUGACUGGCAUUUUAACAGAAUUAUGUGCCCUUUUUAUACUUAGAAAAUUGAAAAUUUGGUUAAGUUUUGUGUUUAGGUCCACUUUAUUCCUACAGUAUCAAAGCUAUUGCUUUCAUACUUGCAACACUUAUUAACUAUCAUCAGGGGACUGUGCAGGCAAAGUUAUGUAACUCUGACUGGCAUUUGGACGGAAUUAUGGGCCCUUUAUACUUAGAAAAUUGAAAAUUUGGUUAAGUUUUGUGUUUAGGUCCACUUUACCCCUAAAGUAUCAUAGAUAUUGCUUUCAUACUUGGAAAACUCACAAACUAUCAUAAGGGUACAGAAAAAGGACAAGUUGCAUAACUCUGGUUGUCAUUUUUAGGGAAUUAUGGCCCUUUUUUGACUUAGUAACUUUGAAUAUAUGGUUUAAUUUUGUGUUUCGAUCCACUUUACUUCUAAAGUAUCAAGGCUAUUGCUUUCAAACUUCAAAUACUUUCAUGCUAUCAUGAGGUUACUGUACCUGGCAAGUUGAAUUUUGCCUUGACCUUUGACUCUCAAGGUCAAAUUAUUAAAUUUUGCAAAAAUUGCCAUAACUUCUUUAUUAUGCCCCCCUUCGAAGAAGAGGGGGUAUAUUGCUUUGCUCAUGUCAGUCUGUCGGUCGGUCUGUCGGUCAGUCCGUCAGUCCGUCCACCAGGUGGUUGUCAGACGAUAACUCAAGAACGCUUGGGCCUAGGAUCAUGAAACUUCAUAGGUACAUUGAUCAUGACUCGCAGAUGACCCCUAUUGAUUUUGAGGUCACUAGGUCAAAGGUCAAGGUCACGGUGACCUGAAAUAGUAAAAUGGUUUACGGAUGAUAACUCAAGAACGCAUACGUCUAGGAUCAUGAAACUUCAUGGGUAGUUGAUCAUGACUCGCAGAUGACCCCUAUGGAUUUUGAGGUCACUAGGUCAAAGGUCAAGGUCACGGUGACCCGAAAUAGUAAAAUGUUUUUCGGAUGAUAACUCAAGAACGCAUACGCCUAGGAUCAUGAAACUUCAUAGGUAGAUUGAUCAUGACUUGCAGAUGACCCCUAUUGAUUUUGAGGUCACAAGGUCAAAGGUCAAGGUCAUGGUGACCCGAAAUAGUAAAAUGAUUUUCAGAUGAUAACUCAAGAACGCUUUUGCCUAGGAUCAUGACACUUCAUAGGUACAUUGAUCGUGACCCGCAGAUGACCCCUAUUGAUUUUCAGGUCACUAGGUCAAAGGUCAAGGUCACAGUGACAAAAAUCGUAUUCACACAAUGGCUGCCACUACAACGGACAGCCCAUAUGGGGGGCAUGCAUGUUUUACAAACAGCCCUUGUUUAUGAUUAGAUUUUAUUGAUACUUUGACAAAACUACUCUUACCUGACAUACCACAAUAGACUCCACCCAAACCAUCCCCCGUGCCCUUCCCCCCC